GCUCAUUAGGAAAGGCAGCCAGUGGGCACAUACAUGCUUGUCCUGAAUGGAAAGAAGGAAAACAGAGUUUAAGCACACAUUUAGAUGAGUCGACAGCAGUUGCCCAUGACAUACGACCAAAUGGUGUUCCUCCAGAAACAGCAGCAUAAUGCCACUCAGACAGAGGACGUGGUAAAUCGACGGUCUGCAAAGACAUCUAAGGACUUGGAUUGGCGACGAUGCCAGCGGACGUUGCAGGAGCUGGAUGAAGUCCUAGACCACCUUGAGACAUUGUUCUCUCUUAGCCACGUUCCUCGCGUGCUUUUCAUGCUAGGUGGGUCUACCAUCAUUCCCACCGAGCUGUAUGAGGUAGACAUGGAAGCCGUGGCCAUGGGUGCCGGGGAAAACAGCUUAAGGACUUCAACCUGCCUAAGACAGCUUUUCCGCACGCUGUUUGUGGCUGACCUGCUGUCAGAUGUCAAUCUGCGCCUCAUGGCUACCACAGUCAUGGCUAUGGGUCACCGGGAUUGUGGCAUGACUGGGUUUAAGCCCAAAGUGGAUUUUAAAGUUCCCACGAAAGUGAAAAGGCAAGUCAUCUCUAUAGCCAGUGAUUUGUCACUCACAGGGGAUUUACAAAAAAGUAAAAGAAAUCUGGAGGACUAUAUAUGAUAUAUAUGAUAGAUGACUAGUUGUAUAACCCACCGAUGCCAUGUUUGGUCUCUUUGAAUUUGUAUUUUGAUGAUCUAAAAGAUGGUGUAAAUUAGGUGUUGAUACCUAUGCAACAUAUUAGUGUUUUGAGAAACCUUAGUAGUUUUUGCAUCAACACCCAAUCGAAUUACAUAUGCAAAAUACCAUGCUCACAGACAAAGAGUCGUAAACUUUCCCUCCAAAGGUGAAAGUGACCAUUGGUUCGUGGACCUCCUGGAGGCACAGCCUCCAGAGAGCUUAAAGGCAUCAAACGAUUGAUCACCUCCCUCUCUCUUCACUCUCUUCUUCUCCCGAUUGCUCCCACUGUGUAGGAACC